AUGUUACGAACAAGACUGUACCUAGCGCCGAUGUUGUCGAAGGCCACUCGACUACAGCUAGGGAAUAUCAAGACUGAAUAUGGUACUGUGUCAACAGCUGCUGGCUCAGUCGAAAAAUGGGGGUUUCUGUUUGGUGGGAACAUGUACCCCAUUGUUAGCCUAAGUUUUGGUAUUUUCAUGGUGUGUGCCACCAUGGCGGUAGCUGCCACGUAUCAACAGUACCGCGAUAUGGUGAUAGUCACCGAGCAUAUUUCGUACGAGGAUGUCAAGGACCGUUGCCUCACUCCGAUGCCCGGGUGGGUUCGUCUGCGUUCUUUCAGCAUGGCAACUCCACAAGGCCCUGCGACGUUCCGCGAUCCGACUCCCUUAGACUGGCUUCCGUUCGAGCUCAAGCUGGGAUACGUCAAGCAGGCUUCCUAUUAA